AUGAAAACUCCAUUCACACUUGCUCUUCUUCUAUCAGUUGUCGGAUAUCAACCCUGGGCCUUGCAUCUAGCAGAGGUUUGCGAGGAACUGGGGCCUCAGCUAUCAAAGUCGGCUGUGAUAUCUGCCUGGGAUGCAACCAGAUAUGAGCGCUGGAUUAAGUCCAACACACCUACGCCUAGCGUUGUGGUAACACCGGCUACUGAGCAGGAUGUGGCCGCAAUCGUCUCAUAUUGCACUUCGAAUAAUAUAUCAUUUCUAGCCCAGAAUGGUGGGCAUGAAUGGGCACAAACGAUUCACCUGGAUGAGGAUGGAUUGCUCAUCAAUCUCAAACAGCUUGAUGAAGUCACCUUCAGCAAGAACAGGAGAGAAGUAAUUGUUGGAGGUGGCGCUUCUGUCGCGCAGGUGAUCGAGGCUUCAGCAAAGAAUAACUCUCUAAUUCAGACAAACAAUUGCAACUGUAUCGGAGCUCUGGGGGCUCUUCUCGGGGGCGGUUAUGGUAGCCUGAUGGGUAUAUUCGGCUUCGGGAUAGAUAACGUACUAUCUCUGAAUCUGGUCAUGGCUGACGGUUGUCUGCAUACAAUCACACCCAAAGACAUAGAUCUCUUUUGGGCUCUUCGCGGUGCUGGUCCCAACUUUGGCAUUGUCACGUCCGCAAAGAUGAAAUCAUACCCUGUUUCAGCCUUUGGCCAAGCCGCCUGGACGGGGCAACUUGUCUUCUCUGCCGACAAAUUGGAAGCUUUGGUUGAUACAAUCGACAGGAUAACUCUAGAGCCGGAAAUGAGCGUCUUUAUGUAUUUUAUGACUAGUGGUGAACCAGACAAUACGCCUAUGGUUGCUCUCAUGCUAUAUUACUACGGUACCGAAGAAAAAGGGCGGGCUGCAUUUUCAUGUUUUUUCGACCUAGGUCCAACUAACGACACUACGAUGGCAACUGAGUACGCUCACUGGGUUGAUGCACCCAGCAUGGCCUGUUCAAAAAGCGGGUUCAGAAUUCCAUACUCUGCCGGACUUGGCCGGAUGGUCAGCAGCACUUGGAAAGAGGCUUGGGAGGAGUAUGUUUCUUUUGUUUCCCUGGGUGGCACCGGCCAAAGUAUUGUCCUCUUGGAGGCGUAUUCACACGAAAAGGCGCGCUUCUUUGGUCAAGAUUCGUCAGCUUACGCCUGGAGAACCAAAGUGAAUUUCAACGCGAUGGCUAUAGCAUGGUACAUGGACGACAGCCUGGAAUCGAACGCGAGAAAAUGGGCUUCUAAAAUGCGUGAUUUAUGGCGGUCAACUGAUGGAUUGGACUCACCAGCUGUGUACAUCAAUUUCGCCUUCGAUGAAGAUCUUUCGGUUGUGUAUGGCGACAACGUCGAUCGUCUGAAAGCCAUCAAAGCAAAGUAUGACCCUGAGAAUGUUUUCAAUCAAUGGUUCAGUCUGUAG